CCCGGCCGGAAGCCUCCGCCGGCGGCUGAGGCGGCGGGUGCGCCUUGGCGGCGGCUGCCCUCCAUGGCGCUGCCGCUGCCCCUGCCCGAAGCCGCGGCCGUGCUGGCCGCCCUCCUCCUUCUCCUGAUCUGCACGAUCGCUCAUGUAACUGCCAGAAAAAUGCCAACCCUUCACCGACACGAAGAAGAGAAAUUCUUCGUAAACGCUGAAGGCAGGAAAGAACCCGUACCAAGUAUACAUGAUCCCCCUACGAGGGAACUCUCUGUUGUUGUGCCUUCGUACAAUGAGGAAGACCGGUUGCCCCUUAUGAUGGAUGAAGCUUUGAAUUAUCUAGAAAAAAGACAGAAACGAGAUCCCUCAUUCACUUACGAAGUAAUAGUUGUUGAUGAUGGUAGUAAGGAUCAAACUACAAAGGUUGCAAUGAAGUACUGCAAGAAAUAUGGAAGCGACAAAGUGCGAGUGCUUUCUUUGGUAAAAAAUCGAGGGAAAGGAGGAGCAGUCAGGAUGGGUGUCUUUAGUUCUCGGGGGAAAAAAAUUCUUAUGGCUGAUGCAGAUGGAGCUACAAAAUUUGAAGAUAUUGAAAAAGUAGAAGAAGGUCUAAAAAAUCUUCAGCCAUGGCCUAACCAGAUGGCUAUUUCCUGUGGUUCUAGAGCUCAUCUGGAGAAGGACUCAAUAGCAAAGCGCUCUUACUUUCGAACUCUUCUUAUGUAUGGGUUCCACUUCCUUGUAUGGUUUCUCUGUGUCAAAGAGAUCAGGGACACGCAGUGCGGAUUUAAACUUUUAACCAGAGAAGCUGCCUUGCGGACCUUCUCAACUCUUCAUAUAGAACGCUGGGCGUUUGAUGUGGAACUUCUUUAUAUAGCUCAGCACUUGAGAAUACCUAUAGCAGAAGUUGCUGUCAACUGGACUGAAAUUGAAGGUUCUAAGUUAGUUCCCUUUUGGAGCUGGCUGCAGAUGGGCAGGGAUCUUCUUUUUAUACGACUGCGAUAUAUGACUGGUGCCUGGCAGCUUGAAACAAGAAAAUGUAAUUAGGUUAUUUACAUUUUCCAAAUAUAUUAUUAUACUUAAUGGAACAUGAGAACAGUUUCAAUCAAGUGAAGUGGUGAUGAAAGCUGAGGUAAUUCUUCAUUGCUCCUAUUGUAUGUUUAAUUUUUGCAGCAUGUACGUGUUCUAUAAGAUUGUCAGCAGGGAAUUUGUACAAUGUUUUGAAAAGAGAAAGCAUUUCCAAAAAGAUCUUCUUAUCUGGUAAUCAGGUUUUAUUUUCUUAAAUAGUAGCUUUAACAUGUCUUAUCAAUCACUCAAAUAAAUAUAUCUGCUUUUGUCUCAUCAUACAUUUGGAAUUUCCUUAUACAUAUAAAAAAGAGGCACUCUAUACUACAUUGUGCAAUAUUGUGUUGUGAAUGACCAUAACCAUUUUUUUCUGUAAUAUCUGGAAAUAUAUGGCCAUAUUGCAACUUGGAAUUAUCAAUCAUGGUUCACGCUGAUGCAUGUUUAGAUUCAAUGUUAUGGGAAACAUUAAUGGGUUUUACUGAGUUAUAACAGUAAUAUUCAUAAUGCUGUUGUAAGAACUUUCAGUAGUCUCUUGACAUUCCAAAUGUUUUUGUCUGAAGCUGAAAUAGUUUGUCUGAGAUCAAACUGCAGAUCGUCUCCAGAUUGUAAAAGGUCCAAGAGAAAGCACACUUCGUUUUAAAAUGUUGUCUUUUAUAAAUAUGUUUUGUUCAUAUGUACUAAUUAAUACUGCAUGCUCAAGGCUAGGGCUCCUUGGCAUCUACAAAUCUGUAGUGAAAAGGUUAUGCAGAGCUAAUUCAGAGCAUACAAAAAUGAGACCUGAUGUGCAUUGGGGGCCUGUGCAUUAGCAAUGCCAAUUUUAAGUUCUCAUGCUUCAAAUGAGAUCAGAGAGAGUCUUGAGUCUUUCUUAGUCAUGUCAUACUCUGUUACAGUACACGAGUUUCAAUGGUGCUUUCAAAACAGUUGUGGAUUGCCAACAAACUAAGCCAAUCUUUCUUUCGGAAAUGUGUACAAAUUUGAAUAGAUUUAAAGAAUGAAUGGUAUAUGGUUGUACUUUGACAUAUGAUUUCACUGGUGAUUUUUCUUACUCCUGCAAUAUCGAGUUGAGUUUCGCUCCUGUUAGGGUUACCUCAGUUUUCUAUAAAUUGAAGUGUUGGAAUAAAUUCUCAAAAAGUA